AUGCAAUUAUCGUUGGCUCUUUCCCUUCUCUUGGCGGUUCCUGCAGCCCAGGGUUUCUCCAUUCCCACGCCUCCUUCAAAGAUCCAACCUGCUACUACUAGCACAUUUACUACGAGUACAAGACUGUUUGGAAUUUUGGAUGAAAUUGAAAGCGACUCGUACAAUCUGUUGAGUUCCAAUGAAGAGACAGAUGUCCCCAUGAACGAUGCCUACGAAGUGUUUCUGGGAGAUCUCGUCUUUUCCACCAACGAUCCUCGAAUCGACAUUAUGAACAACUAUGAUCUCGCCACCGACCCCAAGUUUAUGGAGUGGCUCAACAACAAGAUUGACAAUUCCAGAGACCCCGAUGAACGAUUGGCACUCCGGGAUUUGUUCGAUAUGAUUGAAGACGUCGUUACCAAGGUACAAGUCAACCAGCUCGCCGAAGAACGAGCGGCCGCAGAUGCCGAACAAGCCGAAGAAGAACGCAAGCAACAAGCCGAAGCCGACGCCGAAGCGGGACGCAACAUGUCCAAACAAGAUGUAUUGAAAAAGGCGGCAGCCAUUGAUGCGGCUCAAUCGGGAGUCGCCGAUGUCAAUGCCGAAACAAAGGUCAAGAAAACAUUUUACGAACAAGAAAUUACACCCGAAAUUCGACUCUCCUACGAAAAACUACUCAAACAAGUCAUGCCGCCCUACAAGGCCGGUGACACGGUCAAUUCCAUUGUCUUUACGUUUUACGAUCAAUUCGAUGCACAGUUUGUCAAGGUACUCACAGAACGCAGUAACAAUGGCGAUGCCGAUGCCAGGGCGUUGCUAGAAGCACUCGCCCAGGAACAGCAAACCAGAAUUGCGGUCGCGGCAGAAGCACUCAAGGGAGUUCUAUCCUUGGGAGAACCCAUGCGGAUGGAAGGAGCCAUUGUCAAAAUGGCACGGGAAGGAAAAAUUGACGAACCAUUCCUACUCUUGCUAGAAGCCAAUGCACAGCAGGCAAAGGAUGCCGGGGCCAAUGGUCCAGCGCAAUUGAUGGACAAACUGCGUCAUCGCGCUGCCGAUGAAAAGGACAAACAGGCAUCCAGCAAGGAAAUUCGUCUUUUGCGUCAAUUGCUGCGAACGGAUGAUCCCAAAAAACGAGAAGAGAUCUUUGAGGAUGCCUUCACGCCCAAAGACGUUCUACUCGUACCGGGAACCGCCGAAAAUGCACAAAAGGCUGUCGAUGGAGAAGCCCCGGAACAGGAAAAACCAAUGCCCGAUGUACCUCCACCCGAUUUCAUCAAUGCCUGCAAGGCAGUCUUGCUCAACUUUGGAAAUCUAGGAACAGAUGAUGACCGUGGUGACUUGGCCUCGAGGAUCAAACAGUUGGCAUCGGAAGCAGAAGUCGUCACAACCCGAAUCUAUGGAAAGGGCAUGACUCUGAGGGAACAGCAGGAUCGAAUGUGGAAGGAUCAAACAACAUCCAUCUUUGAUCUGGAAACAAUGGAAAUUGAGGCAGAGCGCAUGGGGGGUCGGGCGCCAUGGACCAAUGAAGAUCAAGGUGACGAAAUCCUACCUGGAUUUGAUAAGGACGGAAGAAUGCAGAUUGGAGGCCAAUAA